AAGAUGUACCAGAGCCUAGCUCUGGCCCCAAGCCCCGGACAGGCCGCCUACGCCGACUCGGGCCCCUUUCUACACGCGCCGAACACUGGCUCCCCGGUGUUUGUGCCUCCGGCGCGCGUGCCUCCCAUGCUACCCUACCUGCCGGCGUGCGAGCCAGGCCCGCAGCCGCCAGCGCUCGCCGCGCACUCCAGCUGGGCGCAGGCAGCCGCCGACUCAUCUGCCUUCGGCGCCGGAAGCCCCCAUCCUCCGCCCGCGCAGCCUCCGGGGGCCACUGCAUUCCCCUUCGUGCACAGUUCCUCGGGAGCCGGCGGCGGCGCGGGGGGCCGGGACGGCGGAACCUACCAGGCUGCUCUGCUGGGUCGGGAGCAGUACUCGGCUCCGCUGGGGCGAUCCAUGGGCGCUUCGUAUCCCAGCCCCUACCCGGCCUACGUGAGCCCCGAAGUGGUCUCGACCUGGGCCAGCGGACCCUUCGACACCAGCGCCCUGCCGGGCCUCCCGGGCCGAAGAGCUGCCUUCGUGUCCGACUUCUUGGAGGAGUUUCCCGGAGAAGGUCGCGAGUGUGUCAACUGUGGGGCCCUGUCCACACCGCUGUGGCGCCGGGACGGCACCGGGCACUACCUGUGCAACGCAUGUGGCCUCUACCACAAGAUGAACGGCGUCAACCGGCCGCUGGUGCAGCCGCAGAAGCGCCUGUCCUCCUCCCGCCGUGCCGGACUCUGCUGCACCAACUGCCGCACAACCCACACCACACUGUGGCGGCGGAGCGCCGAGGGCGAGCCCGUGUGCAAUGCCUGUGGCCUUUACAUGAAGCUACACGGGGUGCCUCGACCUCUGGCGAUGAAGAAGGAGAGCAUUCAGACUCGCAAGAGGAAACCCAAGGGCACUGCCAAGACCAAGGGCUCAUCAGGUAGCACCAGCUCAGCAGACUCCCCAUCCUCUGUCCCCAAUUCCAAAGGCUCAGUGGCCACUUUGAAACCCGAGUCCAGCCUGGCAUCCCCAACUUGCCCUGGGCCCAGCAUUACCUCCCAGGCCUCCAGCCAGGUGGAGGAGCCCCCGCCUCCAAGUCACUUGGAGUUCAAGUUCGAGCCGGAGGACUUUGCCUUCUCACCCACUUCCUUGGGCCCCCAAGCCAGCCUUGGUGGGGCCCUACGCCAGGAGGCCUGGUGUGCACUAGCCUUGGCCUAG